AUGUCACUUACAAGCAAGCUCGUACUGUACUCCUACUUUCGGGCAAUGAAAUCAUUAGGAGUAAUUUUACUGCUUAUUUGGUUCACUUUGGGAAUAGUUACUGCCAUACCAGUCGACCCUACUUUAUCUGGUAAAGAAAUCGAUCUGGAUCAGUCAUCAGAUGGAGUUAUCAGCACUGAUAAUCAAACGUUUACUUCAGUGCAAGGAGCCGAUAUGUCAUUAAGCAAUAAUGACUACUCUGAUUUUUCGAAUUAUCGAUUGCUUACAAAAAUUUCAGCGGAUGAGAAUCUCGAAUCAAUAGCACAAGAAUUGCGACGUCGAUUUCUAGUUUUAUACUUUUACAAAAACGUUAUUGAAUCAGCAGAACAAUUAGAUGUUUAUACAGAUUACUUACUUCGAAAACAAGUUUCAGAAUAUCGUAACUCUCUUCUCAAGAAUGGAUGGAAACCACGAACAAUCAUUCGAUUUGGCAGUAGAAGUGCGAAUGACGCAAUAAAUGACGUUUAUUAUAAAAUAUCUUUGAAUGAAAAUGGUGUGCAAACAAUAGAAUCUUUGAACUGCCUUCCAGAAGGUCAAGGAGAUACAAUGGUAGUUAUACCCAAAAUUAUUGGUGCAAAGGUUGAUAUCGCAACUACUUAUUCAGAUCGAUAUAAGUCGUCAUAUAAGUCUCAAAAUGAUCAAAAUUUGCUAAAUGAGAAUGAUAUUAAGCUUAUCCUCACGUUUCACAAAUCAGUCAGCACGUCAAUAACUGCUCAACUUGAAACAAUACAUACCGGAAGAGCAAUGCGUAAUGUGCCUUUGCUAUUUGUUUCAAAUGAAGUUUUGCCCGGACAAAUAAAAGGAGGGGUUGAAGGCGAGGAAAUUGAAGCACAAAGUGUCCAUCUGAUUUUCUAUGGAAUACACGUAGAAGCAUCCGUUCGAAGCGUGAAUAUUAAUUGUAAUGAAGAAGAAUUAAGGAAUAUUUUUUUGCAAUGGAAGCAAAAUAUUGAUUUCCUCGAAACUCAUCAAAUUAUUGCUUUUCAUUUUUCGCCAUUCGGUGCUGAGCCAGAAAAUAGAGAUGCAAUUUUCAGGGAUGUGUUCGGUUAUCAACCAGUGACUUACCACACAUUUGGAAAUAGAACAAAAGUAGGAAGAAGUUGGCCUGCAAAAAUGUGUAUUAAACAAGAAAUCACAUUUGGUCCACAAUAUGCUAUUGUCGGAUUCAAAAAAUUUGUUACAACCAAAACAGAUCAAAAUGUUAUCGAAUAUAUGUUGUCGUAUUUAUUAACAAAUUGA